AUGGCGGACACCAAUGACGAGGACUCGAACGACGCCAUAUCCAUCCACAGUGAAGGCCAUGACAUGGGGCCGCCACCGCGACCCGCACCCAACCCUGCUUCCACUGCCGCACCCAAGCCCGCUUCCACUGCCGCACCCGAAUCCGCUUCCACUGCCGCACCCGAAUCCGCUUCCACUACCGCACCCGAAUCCGCUUCCACAACCGCUUCCACUGCCGCACCCGAAUCCGCUUCCACUGCCGCUUCCACUGCCGCACCCGAAUCCGCUUCCACUACCGCACCCGAAUCCGCUUCCACUACCACUUCCACUGCCGCACCCCAAUCCGCUUCCACUACCGCACCCGAAUCCGCUUCCACUACCGCUUCCACUGCCGCACCCGAAUCCGCCACCGUGCCCACGUCCGACAUUCCUGAAACGAUCCCCGCCACCGUGCCCACGUCCGACAACCCAUCUAGCCAGGCGAAGAAGAAGAUCAGGCUAUCGGCGCUUGCCCGAGUUCGUCAACGAAACCACGGUGGUCAGUUCAUGAGGGACACGCCGACCGACAUCAAUGUAUCAUCCGUUUUCCAUGCCUCCGGAAUCGUUGGGGAUCGUUCGAAUUACAAGUACACGAUGAUGCAGAGCAUCCUGCAUACAAUGAACGCCAUGGACACUUCCGCUCUCACUAUGAUGCACGCAUUGUUGUUCAGUCCCUUCGAACAGGUGCUGCGAGAAGCACAUCUACGUGUCAAACGAUGCCAUUUUCAAUCCCACCAAGAAUGGCAGGACGGGAUUGAGAGUUUUAUAUCGGGAAUACAUCAGAGGAUGAUUGAACUGUUCAGCACGAAGUUGGAUUUGAUGGGGGGCCAUCGAGUUGAUCUUCUCUCCCUGGUCUUGGCUGAACGAGAGCACGCGUCCGAGGAGGAAUGGAAGGAGAAGGAGAGGGAGAAGGAGAUAGAGGACAGGCAGCGAAUGUAAAUAUACUAUGCAGUUUGCUGUUUCUGUUUGAGUCUUGGAAUGAAAAUUGAGUAUCAUUUCGUGAAUUUCGUGUCAGAUCCAUUACCUAUGCCAGAGGAAUGUUGUCGCCGCCGUGCUCGCCGAGCGACGGACAAACUCCAACCAAACCGAGCGACAAACAACCUCGAUUGGGGCGGUUGGGGAUAAACCCUGGGGAUUUCGGGGCGGUUGGGGCGAUGAGCGGGGUGGGGAAUCCGAUUGUUGUGGAGGAGGCGGGGCGGGGGGGUGUGGCGGGCUUGGUUGCGCCGGUGCUGAUUGUCGGGGAGGGGCGCCGACGGGGUGGCGGGAGAGGGAUGGUGCGGGUGUGGAUGCGGAUUUGGUGACGGAGGAGGCGAGGGGGAGGUGGGGAAGGCAUUUAGGGUGGUUAAGUGAGGCUGAGGAAGGUCGACCAGCUGCGGAGGGUUCGGAAUCCCCUUCGGACUCUAUUUCGGGAGGCAAACGGAAACGAG